AUGCUGGUGCCAAGCUGUUGGAUGAUGCACGUAGUCAGGCCAGUGGUGGUGCUCCUGUGCUUGCUACUCUAUGCUGAUGCUGAAACACCACCAAAGUUUACAAGAACUCCCGUUGACCAGACAGGAGUUUCUGGAGGAGUUGCCUCAUUCAUCUGUCAAGCCACAGGAGAUCCAAGACCUAAAAUUGUCUGGAACAAAAAAGGAAAGAAAGUCAGCAAUCAGAGAUUUGAGGUAAUAGAGUUUGAUGAUGGAUCUGGAUCAGUUCUCAGAAUACAACCACUGCGCACGCCACGAGAUGAAGCUAUUUAUGAAUGUGUGGCUUCCAACAGUGUUGGCGAAAUAAGUGUGUCCACGAGACUCACUGUUUUACGUGAGGAUCAAAUUCCCCGAGGUUUCCCCACCAUUGAUAUGGGCCCACAGCUGAAGGUGGUUGAACGAACACGUACAGCUACCAUGCUAUGUGCAGCCAGUGGCAAUCCUGAUCCCGAAAUAACUUGGUUCAAAGAUUUCUUACCUGUUGACACAAGCAACAACAAUGGCCGCAUCAAGCAGUUACGCUCAGAAUCUAUUGGUGGUACACCAAUAAGAGGUGCUCUCCAAAUUGAACUGAGUGAAGAAUCUGACCAAGGCAAAUAUGAGUGUGUUGCAACCAACAGCGCGGGUACACGCUAUUCUGCCCCUGCCAAUCUAUAUGUCAGAGAGCUGCGAGAAGUUCGACGGGUCCCACCGAGGUUCUCUAUCCCCCCCACCAAUCAUGAGAUCAUGCCUGGCGGGAGUGUAAAUAUCACGUGUGUUGCGGUGGGGUCACCAAUGCCAUAUGUGAAAUGGAUGCUAGGAGCAGAAGAUUUGACACCUGAGGAUGAUAUGCCAAUCGGGAGGAACGUCCUUGAGCUUAAUGAUGUCAGGCAGUCUGCAAACUAUACUUGUGUUGCUAUGUCUACCCUUGGUGUUAUAGAAGCAAUAGCGCAGAUAACUGUCAAAGCCUUACCCAAACCUCCUGGAACACCUGUGGUGACAGAAAGCACAGCGACAAGCAUAACAUUGACUUGGGAUUCUGGGAACCCUGAGCCGGUUUCUUACUACAUAAUCCAACACAAACCCAAAAACUCUGAGGAGCCAUAUAAAGAAAUUGAUGGGGUGGCCACAACACGCUAUAGCGUGGCUGGUCUAAGCCCAUAUUCAGAGUAUGAAUUUCGGGUAGUUGCUGUAAAUAACAUUGGGCGAGGACCACCCAGUGAGCCUGUGUCAACAAGGACUUCAGAGCAAGCACCUUCAAGUGCACCACGCAAUGUGCAGGCCCGUAUGUUGAGCUCUACCACCAUUUUGGUACAGUGGGAAGAACCUGAGGAACCUAAUGGACAAAUACAAGGUUACAGAGUUUAUUACACCAUGGACCCCACUCAACAUGUCAACAGUUGGAUGAAGCACAAUGUGGCUGACAGCCAUAUUACCACUAUUGGGAAUCUGAUACCCCAGAAAACAUACUCUGUGAAGGUUCUUGCUUUUACUUCUGUUGGGGAUGGACCACUUUCUAGUGACAUUCAAGUCAUCACUCAAACAGGAGUGCCUGGUCAGCCACUGAACUUCAAAGCGGAACCUGAGUCUGAAACAAGCAUAUUACUUUCUUGGACACCUCCACGCUCUGAUACCAUUUCCAGCUAUGAACUGGUUUACAAAGAUGGGGAGCACGGGGAGGAGCAACGGGUUUCCACUGAACCUACUACAUCUUAUCGCCUGCAAGGCUUAAGGCCAAACAGCUUGUACUUAUUCCGUCUAGCUGCACGUUCUCCGCAAGGCCUGGGUGCUUCAACAGCAGAAAUCUCAGCAAGAACCAUGCAGUCAAAGCCAUCAGCUCCUCCUCAAGACAUUAGUUGCACAAGCCCCAGCUCCACUAGCAUUUUGGUAAGUUGGAAACCUCCACCGGUGGAAGAACAGAAUGGCAUUAUCACUGAAUACUCCAUCAAGUACAUUGGGAUUGAUGGAGAAGAUGUCAAGCCCCAUGAAAUUUUGGGAAUUUCCUCGGACAGUACCCAAUACCUUUUGGAACAGCUGGAAAAAUGGACUGAGUACCGGAUCUCUGUGACUGCCCACACUGAUGUUGGACCUGGCCCAGAGAGCUUAGCAGUAUUGAUUCGGACAGAUGAAGAUGUUCCUAGUGGUCCUCCUCGCAAAGUCGAGGUAGAGGCUGUCAACUCUACCGCUGUUAAAGUGUCAUGGCGCUCACCUGUACCCAAUAAGCAGCAUGGUCAGAUCCGAGGAUACCAGGUCCACUACGUGAGGAUGGAAAAUGGAGAGCCAAAGGGUCAGCCCAUGCUGAAGGACAUCAUGCUGGCUGAUGCACAGUGGGAAUAUGAUGAUACUACUGAACAUGAAAUGAUAAUUUCUGGGCUUCAGCCUGAAACUACAUACUCCUUCACUGUGACAGCCUAUACAACAAAAGGUGAUGGAGCACGCAGCAAGCCCAAACUCAUAUCUACUACUGGUGCAGUUCCAGGCAAACCUCGGCUUGUGAUUAGCCACACACAGAUGAACACGGCUCUAAUUCAGUGGCACCCUCCUGUGGACACUUUUGGCCCGCUGCAGGGUUAUCGCCUGAAGUUUGGUCGCAAAGACAUGGAUACAUUUACAACCAUGGAGUUCUCAGAGAAGGAAGAUCACUUCACAGCCACAGACAUUCACAAAGGAGCUUCUUACGUCUUCAGGCUCUCAGCUAGAAAUAAAGUGGGCUUUGGGGAGGAGAUGGUUAAAGAGAUUACUGUUCCUGAAGAGGUACCCAGUGGAUUUCCCCAAAAUCUUCACUCGGAAAGCUCUACUUCUACAUCAGUUCAAUUAACUUGGCAGAUGCCACUCUUGGCAGAGAGAAAUGGCAUUAUCACCAAAUACACCAUCUUGUACAGAGAUAUCAAUGUCGCCUACCAGCCAUCUGAACUCCCUGUUGUCCCUGCUGAUACCCCUAUGACACUUUCUGGCUUAAAACCAGAUACCACAUAUGAUGUAAAAGUACGUGCCCACACAAGCAAAGGGCCUGGUCCAUAUAGUCCAAGUGUCCAGUUCAGGACACUACCCGUGGAUCAAGCAGUGUUUGCAAAAAAUUUUCAUGUUAAAGCAGUAAUGAAGACUUCUGUUUUGCUGUCCUGGGAAAUUCCAGAAAAUUACAAUUCAGCCUUGCCUUUCAAAAUCCUUUAUGAUGAUGGAAAAAUGGUGGUGGAGGUUGAUGGACGUGCCACUCAAAAGCUGAUCACUAACUUGAAGCCAGAGACAUCAUAUUCAUUUGUGCUGACAAACAGAGGGAAUAGUGCUGGCGGUCUUCAGCACAGAGUGACAGCAAAGACUGCACCAGACGUGCUUCGUACCAAGCCAGUCUUCAUUGGAAAGACCAACUUAGACGGCAUGAUAACUGUGGAACUUCCAGAAGUACCUUCAAAUGAGAAUAUAAAAGGUUAUUACAUAGUUAUUGUGCCUUUGAAGAGGUCUCGUGGAAAGUUUAUCAAACCAUGGGAGAGUCCAGAUGAAAUGGAACUAGAUGAGCUGCUUAAGGAGAUAGCUAGGAAACGCAGAAGCAUUCGUCUUGGGAGGGAAGUUGAAUUAAAGCCAUAUAUUGCAGCUCACUUUGAAGUUCUUCCUACGGAGUUCACGUUGGGGGAUAAGAAGCAUUAUGGUGGCUUUGAGAAUAAGCAGCUGCAGAGUGGUCAAGAAUAUGUCUUCUUUGUGUUGGCUGUAAUGGAGCACUCAGAAUCUACUAUGUAUGCAACCAGCCCAUAUUCUGAUCCUGUUGUGUCGAUGGAUCUUGAUCCCCAACCAAUUACAGAUGAGGAAGAAGGCUUGAUUUGGGUUGUUGGACCAGUUCUUGCAGUGGUGUUUAUCAUCUGUAUUGUUAUUGCUAUACUUCUUUAUAAAAGUAAACCUGACAGGAAGAGGGCUGAAUCUGAUUCUAGAAAGAGCAGCAUACCCAACAGCAAGGAGGUCCCCUCUCACCAUCCCACAGACCCAGUGGAGCUGCGACGCCUUAAUUUUCAAACUCCGGGUAUGGCCAGUCAUCCCCCAAUACCUAUCUUGGAACUUGCAGAUCACAUUGAAAGAUUGAAAGCAAAUGACAAUUUGAAGUUCUCACAGGAGUAUGAGUCUAUUGAUCCUGGACAGCAGUUCACAUGGGAACACUCUAACCUGGAAGUAAACAAACCAAAGAAUAGAUAUGCGAAUGUAAUUGCGUAUGACCAUUCUCGUGUUCUACUCUCAGCAAUAGAAGGCAUACCAGGCAGUGACUAUAUUAAUGCCAACUACAUAGAUGGAUACAGAAAACAGAAUGCUUACAUAGCAACACAAGGGGCAUUGCCAGAAACCUUUGGUGACUUCUGGAGGAUGAUGUGGGAGCAACGGGGUGCAACUGUCGUCAUGAUGACAAAACUAGAGGAGAGGUCCAGGGUGAAGUGUGAUCAAUACUGGCCAAGCAGAGGCACAGAAACUUACGGACUAAUCCAAGUCACCCUUUUAGACACUGUUGAAUUGGCAACGUACUGUGUUCGUACAUUUGCACUUUACAAGAAUGGUUCAAGUGAGAAAAGGGAAGUGAGGCAAUUCCAGUUCACUGCCUGGCCUGACCAUGGUGUCCCAGAACACCCAACACCAUUCUUAGCUUUCCUGCGACGAGUCAAGACAUGCAACCCACCUGAUGCUGGACCUAUGGUCGUACAUUGCAGUGCUGGAGUCGGCAGGACUGGCUGUUUCAUUGUGAUAGAUGCCAUGUUAGAGAGAAUAAAGCAUGAAAAGACUGUAGAUAUUUAUGGCCACGUAACUCUAAUGAGAGCGCAGAGGAAUUACAUGGUUCAAACUGAGGACCAAUACAUCUUUAUCCACGAUGCACUGCUGGAAGCAGUGACAUGUGGAAAUACCGAAGUGCCAGCCAGAAACCUGUAUGCAUAUAUCCAGAAGCUGACACAGAUAGAAACAGGCGAGAAUGUCACAGGAAUGGAACUGGAGUUUAAGCGUCUUGCUAGCUCUAAGGCUCACACUUCAAGAUUCAUCAGUGCCAAUCUUCCAUGUAAUAAAUUCAAAAAUCGCCUUGUCAAUAUUAUGCCAUAUGAGUCUACAAGGGUAUGCUUGCAGCCAAUCCGAGGAGUAGAAGGCUCUGAUUAUAUUAAUGCCAGUUUCAUUGAUGGAUACAGACAACAAAAAGCUUACAUAGCUACACAGGGUCCUUUAGCAGAAACAACUGAAGACUUCUGGAGAAUGCUCUGGGAGCAUAAUUCUACAAUUGUGGUCAUGCUCACUAAGCUACGAGAAAUGGGCAGAGAAAAAUGCCACCAGUACUGGCCUGCAGAGCGCUCAGCCAGAUAUCAGUAUUUUGUGGUAGAUCCGAUGGCAGAGUACAACAUGCCACAGUAUAUUCUGAGGGAAUUCAAGGUUACAGAUGCAAGGGAUGGCCAGUCCCGAACAGUGAGGCAAUUCCAGUUCACUGACUGGCCAGAACAAGGAGUGCCAAAGUCUGGAGAAGGAUUUAUUGACUUCAUAGGCCAAGUGCAUAAAACAAAAGAGCAGUUUGGUCAGGAUGGACCAAUUUCUGUUCAUUGCAGUGCGGGUGUUGGAAGGACUGGAGUAUUCAUAACCCUGAGCAUUGUGUUAGAGAGAAUGAGAUAUGAAGGUGUUGUAGAUAUCUUCCAGACUGUCAAAAUGUUAAGGACGCAGCGACCAGCCAUGGUACAGACAGAGGAUCAAUACCAGUUCUGCUAUCGAGCCGCACUGGAAUAUCUGGGCAGCUUUGAUCACUAUGCAACAUAA